CAUGAAAAUAAUAAAAAAAAUAGUGGAGAAAAGUCAACAGGUAAUAGCCACUAUAAAAAUAGGAGAAAAGUCUUGCUUAUAUUUUCUUUCUUUCAUUUGCUUGAAAAAAAAAAUGUAAUUUUCUUUCACCCUACAUGGUAACCGACCUCUGCAAGCCGGUCAACUGAAUCCAAAAACAUGGUAAGGCUCCUGCCGUGGAAUGAUCAGCCCUAUGGUGCAGGAGGCAGACUUUGGACUGCUUCUGUUGAAGGCCCUUUGCAAUUUGCUCAAGAGUUUUUAAUUCCAAGACAAGAGGAGCAGGCGGCACCAACUCUAUCACCUCCAUCUCCAUCUCCAUCAGAGCUUCUAGGCUUCUCUGUCUCUGCAAUUUUCCAUUGCCUUGAUGGAGGAAGAUCCAAGCCAGGUUGCAGAAACAACAACCACCACCACCUCAAGCGUGGAGGGAGUAGGAGAGGGGGAAGAGAGGGACCUGGAAAGCAAUCCACUGAACCAGCCACUGCUGAAGAGAAGCCGAACACUCUCCUCCAAUCCUCUGGCCAUAGUUGGGGCCAAGGUCUCUCAUAUAGAGAGCUUGGACUAUGAGAUCAAUGAGAAUGACCUCUUCAAGCAUGAUUGGAGAAGCAGAUCAUCAGCCCAAGUACUGCAGUACAUAUUCUUGAAAUGGUCGCUGGCAUUCCUUGUUGGGCUGCUCACUGGCCUGAUUGCCACCCUCAUCAAUCUUGCUGUAGAGAAUAUUGCCGGUUACAAGCUUCUAGCUGUGUCUGGCUUAGUAGAGAAGAAAAGGUAUUUGACAGGAUUCAUUUAUUUGACAACGGCCAAUUUCGUAUUGACUUUGUUUGCUGCUUUCCUGUGUGUGUGCUUUGCACCUACUGCGGCUGGGCCUGGUAUACCAGAGAUCAAAGCUUAUCUCAAUGGAGUAGAUACUCCCAACAUGUUUGGUGCCUCCACAUUGAUUGUCAAGAUAUUUGGAAGCAUAGGAGCUGUUUCUGCAGGCCUAGAUCUGGGGAAAGAAGGGCCUCUAGUGCAUAUUGGUAGCUGCAUUGCUUCCCUACUAGGCCAGGGUGGACCUGAAAAUUAUCGUAUAAAAUGGCGCUGGCUCCGCUACUUUAACAAUGACCGUGACAGACGUGAUCUCAUCACAUGUGGGGCUUCUUCAGGGGUUUGUGCAGCUUUCCGGGCUCCAGUUGGUGGUGUCCUGUUUUCUCUGGAAGAAGUGGCUACAUGGUGGAGGAGUGCCCUCCUCUGGAGAACUUUCUUCAGCACAGCGGUUGUGGCCGUGGUACUUAGAGCUUUCAUUGAAUAUUGUAAUUCUGGGAAAUGCGGGCUUUUCGGGAGAGGAGGACUCAUCAUGUUUGAUGUGAGCGAUGUUACUGUGACAUACCAUGCCAUGGAUAUCGCCCCUGUUGCAUUAAUUGGAUUAAUUGGUGGUGUGUUGGGAAGCCUUUACAAUCACCUUCUCCACAAGGUCCUGAGGGUCUACAAUCUCAUUAAUCAGAAGGGAAAAAUACAUAAGCUUCUUCUGAGUCUGAGUGUCUCACUAUUCACCUCAAUUUGCUUGUAUUGCUUGCCUUUCCUUGCCACUUGCUCACCUUGUGAUUCCUCAAUCACUGAGACUUGCCCCACCAAUGGACGGACUGGCAACUUCAAGCAAUUCAACUGCCCCGAUGGCUACUACAAUGACCUAGCCAGUCUCCUCUUCACCACCAAUGAUGAUGCGGUUCGAAACAUCUUCUCUACUAACACUGCAACAGAGUUCCACCCCCUUUCCCUCUUAAUAUUCUUCGGACUCUAUUAUAUUCUGGGCCUGAUUACCUUUGGUAUUGCUGUACCAUCUGGCCUCUUCCUCCCCAUCAUCUUAAUGGGUUCAGCUUAUGGCCGCUUGCUUGGCAUUGCCAUGGGCUCCUACACAAAAAUUGACCAAGGGCUUUAUGCUGUUCUUGGUGCAGCCUCCCUGAUGGCUGGUUCAAUGAGGAUGACGGUUUCCCUCUGUGUCAUAUUCCUUGAACUCACAAACAAUCUGCUCUUACUACCCAUAACAAUGAUUGUCCUCCUAAUAGCCAAAAGUGUUGGUGAUUGCAUCAACCCAAGCAUUUAUGACAUAAUACUGCACCUCAAAGGCCUGCCUUUCUUGGAUGCGAAUCCUGAGCCAUGGAUGAGAAAUUUAACUGUUGGGGAGCUUGCAGAUGCCAAGCCACCAGUAGUUACCCUUCGUGGAGUGGAAAAGGUAGCCCGCAUUGUAGAUGUCCUGAGAAAUACCACGCACAAUGGUUUCCCAGUGGUAGAUGAAGGGGUGGUACCGCGGGUUGGCCUGGCCAUAGGGGCAACUGAACUGCAUGGAAUUGUACUAAGAGCACACCUUGUUAAAGUGCUGAAGAAGAAGUGGUUCCUGCAAGAGAGAAGGAGAACAGAGGAGUGGGAAGUGAGAGAGAAAUUCACCUGGAUUGAACUGGCCGAGAGGGAGGGAAAGUUUGAGGAAGUGGCUGUGACAAAUGAUGAAAUGGAAAUGUACGUUGAUUUGCAUCCUCUGACCAACACAACCCCUUAUACAGUGGUGGAAAGCAUGUCAGUGGCAAAAGCAAUGGUGCUCUUCAGGCAGGUGGGACUCCGGCAUAUGCUUAUUGUACCCAAGUAUCAAGCAGCUGGGGUGUCUCCAGUAGUUGGGAUCUUGACCAGGCAGGAUUUGAGAGCCUACAACAUUUUGACAGCCUUUCCCCAUCUAGCAAAAUCCAAGGAAAGGGAAAAGGGGAACUGAGCAGCUUUUAUGGAGCAUUAUCUUAAUUUAUUUUUCAAUUUUUUCUUGGUUUUGCAUUCUUUCACCAUAUUGUAGAGGCAGCAAAUAAGAUACCACAUUUGUGUAGAAUUUUGUUCAUUAAAAUUAAUGUUAUUUACAAGUCAUUCAGUUAGUAAUAAACAACAAAUUCCUUCUUUCA